AUGACUUCGGUGGCCUCCCCGAACGCGCAAAGCGAUCCUCCCACGUUGUUGAAGGCCAUGUCCAUGAGCGCCAAUCCCCAAAGCGAGGAGGUGCCGGAAGCCUCGCAGCGGUUGAGCCUGGAUGACCCGCGGAUGAUCGUGGCCAUGCAGGUCCUGGGGAUUGACAUGGAGGAUCUCGUGGCGCCGAAGCCGCCCCCGGCUCCGCCGAUGAGCCACGACCGAAGUCCACGGAAGGUCGUCUCGGUGGUCCCUGCGGCGCGCCGUCAAGAGCUCUGGGAGCGGAAGAAGCACCAGCUGCGGCGGGAAGUGGAGGCAGAGGCCAAAGGCUCUCGCGUCGCGAAGAUCCUCAAAGAGGCAGAACGCGAGAACGAGAGCCAAGAAGAGCUCAGCGCAGGAGCUGAGAAGCUCCAGCAACUGAAGGAUCGCUCCCAAGCAGAGAUCCAACGGGCGAUCGACACGGAGAAGGACAAGCUGCAGAAGAUUCAGGACUGUGCCGAGCGGCACGUGAAGAUGCAGAAACAAGUGGCCGCUCGGAGCGGGUUGAGGUGGAACUGCACGUGGUAUGAACAGGGACGGAUGAGCAGUUUGGACAACAGCGCGGCGUGGCAGUUGGACGCACCGAGUCCACCACCACCUUGUAAGGCUUUGUAAGGUGGACUCGGCGCAGGUUGCUGCAGCAACAGGACAAGGGCGAACUCGUAUUUCCACGUGUUUGAGGCAGAGAGUUGAACUCUAAUGCGGUUGAGGAAAAUGCUUCUGUUCAGUAAGUUGCCAGUAUAUGUUCAAGUUUUUGUGCGUCUCCGUUGGCCGAGGCGGCUGUUUUUUGUCCCAAAUGAAGCAACAGUAACUAACCACACUCCUUCCCACUCCUUAGUGUACGGCGGAAGGCAAUUCGCUUCAUCAAAACUUGGAUCGUUGAGCAUGAAUAGGCGGUCUGCAUCCUUCUGCCAAUUCGGCAUCCUUCUGCCGUUUUGGCUGUUGAACACCCGGGGCUCGGAUCACAUCGGUACUUGGACUCUUUGGACUCGGACUCGGACUCAUCAGUGAUGCAUCUCCUGUUCGCCGCCCUUUUGGAGUGCGAGACUGGUAAUGAGAAAUGCUUAAAGAGCUCAGCUCACGAGCUGUUUUCGAGGUUCGUCAUGGCUCCUUUUCAUGGGGUUUCCAUGGUUCUUUUCUGCCAUGCCCAUCCUAAAACUGCUGGUGUCCAUCCACAAUCCGGAGAAUUGGGAGCUCAGAUGCUCGCUCCGUUCGAUCGAGACCUCCCAUUCGUCCCGACCCCCUGGGGUUGGGUUCGGAAAAGAGUUCGACC